UUAAGGAGUUUCAAAAUACAUUGAGUUGGAUUAACUUCGAAUCGGAAAUUCGUCUUCACUUUUCACUUCUUGUACAACCUAAAUGUUCACAUUUACUUUAGAGAUUUAAAUUGCUCUGGAUAUGAACAAGUUUCAGAUAAAUGGUUUCGACUUGAACAUAUGGUUCACGGAUCUAAUGACGGAAGUCCAUGAGGAUUACCUGACGAUUCUGACCGACUAGAAUGACGGUUUAAAGUGGACCCUCUUCUCUCUUGGAUCAAUGGCCAAUGCUUUAGUCGAUAUCAUGAUUCAUGAAUCGUUUUAUUGGCAUUCUUGCUCAUUCACCUCAUAGAUUCAUCGAUUCCCACCAAAGUAUUCGUGAAUCAAUUGAAUUAUCUGAUAACAUGAUUGGUGGAAAAUAUUUUAAAUGAAAAUCAUGCCCAAAGUUGAUUUGGUUAUUCAACAUGGUGAAAAUUAUCAAUUAUCGGUGAUCAAUUUUACAAUGGCCAUCAAGUGGUUGACCUUAAAGUCGGCCAUUCGCUAUUCGCCAUCAUCUUCAGAUUCACACAAUUCAAAUCAACAGUUUAGUGUGAAUGAUGAUGAUACCGACUCAUCAUCCAUCACGGUUUCAACUUCCUAUGGUGCUCUUAGAGGCUUUCGAGUCUCAGUUCUUGAACGUUCAUUGGGUGUUUUCCUGGGAAUACCUUAUGCUGCUCCACCAAUUGGAGCCAAUAGAUUCCGAAAACCUCAGCCACUUCAACCAUGGAGUAACAUGAGAGAUGCAACCAGAUUUGGUCCACAGUGUAUUCAAUUCAAGCCCAAUCGUACCUUCACCCCGUGGAUCUCACCAGAAGAUUACAUGUCUGAAGAUUGUUUAUAUUUGAAUAUUUGGGUUCCAUUGGAAGAAAGUGCUUUCCGAACAUUAUCUUCCUCGAUUGGUUCAAAUCGUCGACCAACAGUUCAACUUCCAGUUAUGGUUUGGAUCCAUGGUGGAGCCUUUUUCUCGGGUUCGGCUGAUCUUUCAACCUACGAUGGGAGAAUCUUGUCUUCCUAUGGUAAUGUAAUCGUGGUAACAAUCAAUUAUCGACUUGGAGCUUUUGGUUUUCUCAAUUUGGGAACAGCAUCGGCACCAGGUAAUCAAGGUCUUCAUGAUCAAGUAGCUGCUUUAAGUUGGAUUCAGGAAAAUUCUGGAGCAUUUGAAUCAAACGACAAUUGAUCCCCCAAAGACAAUAAAGUUUAUUUCGUAUUAGUUGAUAAUAAGAAAAUUUAUAUUGGAAAAUACAAAAUUUAUCAUUAAAAGGGCGAGACU